AUGUUCUUCAACGCAUGUCAUGUUCUUCAACGUAUAUACGAUGAGAAAACAAAUGAUGUUGCUCUUAUUGAAAUAAUUGAUAUAAUGAAGGCUAUUAUACAACAAUAUUGUCUAUUUAAUGAUGAUCUUAUUUGGAUAUAUUUGAAAAGUGCUAUGCUAUAUACACAAGAAAGAUUAUAUACUGAAGCACUUCAGUGUUAUUACAAUUUACAACAAAUUAUUCAGGAGGCAAAAGAUGAAGACGAUACGUUCAAAAUGCUCCAUAUUCCAUAUUCACUAUUGAUUACAACAAUAAAUUAUAAAAUAUUAAAAUUAAAUGUUUAUCAUACUGACGAAUGCACAAACGAAACAAAAGAUUAUAUACAAAAAAUAGAUAUUUCAUCAUCAGAAGUACUUUUCAUUGAUCGUCUUAUACUUAUACGAUUAAUUUUAUUGUAUAUGAAUAAAUGUGAAGAUGAAAUCACGUAUGAAAAAUACAAUCAACAGUCAGUCAAUUUACAAUUAAGGGAACAUUAUUUUACAGACAAUAAUGAUAGAAAUAAUAAUAAUAACAACAACAACGACGAUGAUAUUUCUAAUAAUGAGCAACCCGUUGCAAUGAAUGAAAAUUUUCGGUAUAUUAAGCAAACACUUAGAGAGACCUUCAUUGAAGAAUCUAUUGGCGUUAUUGUCAUAGAUAAUAAAGAAAAAGAUGUUUUUCAAACAAUGUCCACUAUAGGUGAUAUGUUAAUAUAUAAUUACGAUAAUAAAUCAGCCUUAUAUUAUUGGAAUUAG